GGCUGGGCCCCCUAUAAAAGGCAGGGGGUCCCCGCCCUUCCUCCGGGUCCCUGUGGUCUCCAGGAUUCGAACUCCCCUUUCAACUCAGCCCAGCCAGCCGCAGCCAUGCCUUUCGGCAACACUCACAACAAGUUCAAGCUGAACUACAAGCCGGAGGAGGAGUACCCUGACCUCACCAAGCACAACAACCACAUGGCCAAGGUGCUCACCCCCGACCUCUACAAGAAACUGCGCGACAAGGAGACGCCCUCGGGCUUCACCCUGGAUGACGUGAUCCAGACUGGAGUGGACAACCCAGGUCACCCCUUCAUCAUGACCGUGGGCUGCGUGGCCGGGGACGAGGAGUCAUAUGAGGUGUUCAAGGACCUCUUUGACCCUAUCAUCCAGGACCGGCACGGGGGCUACAAGCCCACCGACAAGCACAAGACCGACCUCAACCAUGAGAACCUCAAGGGCGGAGACGACCUGGACCCCAACUACGUGUUCAGCAGCCGUGUCCGCACCGGCCGCAGCAUCAAGGGCUACACGCUGCCCCCACACUGCUCCCGCGGGGAGCGCAGGGCUGUGGAGAAACUCUCCGUGGAAGCCCUCAACAGCCUGACCGGGGAGUUCAAGGGCAAGUACUACCCACUGAAGAGCAUGACGGAGGCGGAGCAGCAACAGCUCAUUGAUGACCACUUCCUCUUCGACAAGCCUGUGUCUCCCCUGCUGCUGGCCUCCGGCAUGGCCCGUGACUGGCCUGACGCCCGGGGCAUCUGGCAUAACGACAACAAGAGUUUCCUGGUGUGGGUGAACGAGGAGGAUCACCUCCGAGUCAUCUCCAUGCAGAAGGGGGGCAACAUGAAGGAGGUUUUCCGCCGCUUCUGCGUGGGGCUGCAGAAGAUUGAGGAGAUCUUCAAGAAAGCUGGUCACCCCUUCAUGUGGAAUGAGCACCUGGGCUAUGUGCUCACCUGCCCGUCCAACCUCGGCACCGGGCUGCGUGGGGGCGUACACGUGAAGCUGGAGCAUCUGAGCAAGCAUCCCAAAUUCGAGGAGAUUCUCACCCGUCUGCGCCUGCAAAAGCGAGGCACAGGUGGCGUGGACACGGCUGCCGUGGGCUCAGUGUUCGACGUGUCCAACGCUGAUCGUCUCGGCUCGUCUGAGGUCGAGCAGGUACAGCUGGUCGUGGACGGUGUGAAGCUCAUGGUGGAGAUGGAGAAGAAACUGGAAAAGGGCGGGUCCAUCGACGACAUGAUCCCUGCCCAGAAGUAGGCGCCCUGCCCACCUGCAGCCGACUGCUUGAGCCCCAGCCAAUGGAAGGACCCCGUCUGCUGGAGGCCCCGCCCCUUCACCUUUGCCCCGCCCCUCACCGGAUUCCCGCCUCUAAAAGGGCGGGAGUUGUACGAUUUCCAGGGAAUGGGGUUCAGCCUCUGGGUUCUGGCCAAUGAAAAGCCUCCCUUACACCUGCCUCUCCUUUUUUCAGAGCUCCGCCCACCAACCGGAGCUCCACCUAGUUGAGAGCGCUCCUGCACAUCUGGAGCUCCUGCUUUUUCUCCAAAGCAACAAGUAAAAGCAAAGGUUGCCUUAACUUUGUGCGCAAGUUUUUGAGGGAGGAGGACUCUUGUCGUUGGUCGCCCUGUGACUUCCAUGUGGUUUGCCCUCUUACGAAUGUGCCAGAUAAGCUUUAUCACAACUCUGCAAUGAGCAGUUAGGGUAGAGGCCAAUCCCCCAAAUCACAGAGCCCCAGGGGAAUCUGAGAUCCACAGUGGCCUGACCCAGGGUCACAUUGCUGUACUUGGGCCCUUUCCAACCCCGACUUCAGAUCAGUCAUGCUCAAAUCACACACAACGGAAAAAGGGUCAAACUAAUGACAGAGCCUUGAAUUUGGCCCAUGGGAUUCAUUAGCUGCCUUCUGCAUCUCACCAAACAUCCCUAAGAAUGCUCUUCCCUUACCUCUCCAGUCUGCCUUCAUUUCUCUAUUGGUGCUGUCUUUCCAACUUUCCUUAUUUCACCCUGUAACUCCCCGCCCCCCCCGCAGUUCCUGCCAUCUUCCAGCAUGCAUAAUUAUCUGCAAUUCUUCAAGAGCAAAUGAAAUUACAUCACUGGG